AAUUCUUCAAGUUGCACGUCAAAAUCAUGGCCACCAUUCCUUCAUUUCGAAAAAACCUAUGGCCACGCCAUUGCUUGCCUUCGGCGCGUGAGCUCGUGCGCAGUAUAGUUGCUUCAUCGACAACGCCAUUGUCAACCAAGGACAUCUACAAUUUGGCUUUGAAACAAACAGCGAUCCAAAUUGUCUCAGAUAAGUCGCCAGAGCACAAUGUGCCGAAGAAAGAGCAUUCAACUAUCGUGCGUGGAAUAACAAGGCAACCUUCUACUCGACCGCCCCAUCCAGAGCAUCCCGUACGGUCUCUACAGUAUUUGAAGAGAGUGGUGCUUCCGGACCUAGUCAAUUCGAAAGGGGUCGAAAAGUUCUGCACCAAGCGAACGCUUUCGCAAGCGGAAAUUGACCACCGGCUUCAGACGGUGACCAAAGCUGCGCGGAAGGAACAGGCUGUAUUACUCGCUGCACCGAGAAACACUUGGUUGUGGAGAAUGGCGACGCCCCCUCCUCCACCUAAGCCCUUGCCCGCCUCUACUCUCUCGAAGUCGGAAUUAUUAGGAUUGCCUCGGCUCACGGCAGCCGACGUUGGUGUUGGGGAAGAUUGGGGUCAUUUGAACAAGCGAAGGCGACGCGCGAGGAAGGAAAAGGUUGAGCGCGAUUUGAAGUGGAUGUGGACACUGCAGGCCGCGAAGAGGGAAGCUGCACGAGAAGCAUUGCGGCUCAGUGCUCCAGCUCCAUAGUCUAUGGCAUGUUGCAGAGCAAUUCACUAUUGUCUUCGCACUUUGUGUCAACGCCGUUACGUUCCGUCUCGUUAUUUCGGGUCAGCACAAGAGGUUUAUUUCUUUUCAAAGUGACCUCUCUAAACGGGUGAAGUGGUAUAUUCGUUGCCUCAUACAUUCACUAGCUGCUAUAAUUGCCCCGGCAAAUCUAC